UUGACAAGUUCCGGUGUCACCUGGAAGUAAAGCAGUGAACGUAGUCUUUUCGACCGUCUUGUGUUCUAACGAGUUUUCACAAAACACCUUGGUGAUUUAAAAACUCGACAGAUUAAAUUAACAGUCUAGAAAUUUGAAAAGAAAAGUUUGAUCAAUUCAGCUGACAUGCUCCCUUUAUCUUUACUGAAGACAGCGCAGAACCACCCGAUGCUGGUGGAGUUGAAAAAUGGCGAGACAUACAAUGGCCAUCUGGUCAGCUGUGAUAACUGGAUGAACAUCAACUUGAGAGAAGUUAUUUGCACCUCACGGGAUGGAGAUAAGUUUUGGAGGAUGCCGGAAUGCUACAUCAGAGGAAGCACCAUUAAAUACUUGCGAAUCCCUGAUGAGAUCAUAGAUAUGGUGAAAGAGGAAGUCCUGUCUAAGGGGCGUGGCCGAGGUGGCAUGCAGCAGAACAAGCCACAGGGAAAGGGCAGAGGAGGCGGAGGACCUGGAAGAGGAGGUGGAGCCGGAAGAGGUGUUUUUGGAGGUCGUGGAAGAGGUAUGUCAGGAACUGGCCGUGGACCGCAACAAGACAAAAAACCUGGAAAACAACAAGCUUGAUGAUCAACCAAAAGAGUGAGUUUAAUUUAAAAUGGACGUCCUGGAUCUCUGUGAAGAUUUUAAUUUCUACGUGCUGUAAAGACGCUCUUCCAUUUUUCUCCAGACUGUUUUUAUUUUCUGUUAACUCUCAUUUUUGUGUUUUCACAUUUUAUUUUUUGUUCUGUGCUUUAAAAUACAAUUAUGUUGUAACUUGACUUUUGUAAAAUGCACUUGUGAAUAAACAAUUUGUUAAAUAUUGCAA